CACAGAUCCUCUCCUGGGCUCCUGGCACCAUGAUGUCCCUGAGGAUGCUGCUGCUGGUCACGCUCCUCCUGGGGGCUUCUCUGCAGCUCACCCAUGCAGCGCGAGCCACCAACGUGGGCCGGGAGUGCUGCCUAGAGUACUUCAAAGGGGCCAUCCCGCUCAGAAGGCUGACCGGGUGGUACAAGACCUCAGCGGAGUGUCCCAAGGAUGCCAUCGUGUUUCUCACCCUCCAUGGCAAGUCCAUCUGUUCCAACCCCAAGGACGCGAGGGUGAAGAAGACAAUCAGUUAUUUGCAGAGGGUCAUGAACCCUGUGCCUCAGUAGUCCUGAUUUCUGCCUGGACCAUUUGGAGACUUCCAGCCUCAGUUCACUACCCCAAACCCGAGCUGCCCGAGUCCGGUGAAGGCCCUACAAGGACAGAGAAGACCCCUGUCCUCUUUUCUGGUCUGGU